GAGGAGGUCACCAAUGUUCAGAUUAUGCCUUCAUUGCAAGCAGCACACAGGCUAAGAAUACCACAGCUCACUGGGAUUUUGAACUUCCAAAACUAGAAAUGGAAAUGGUGAAGCGAUUCUUGUGAACAAAAAAUUUCUUACUCAGUCCUUUAAAGUAUAGUUUUGCUAAAGGUUUUUCAGGAGUCUUGGAUAUUUCCACCCAUUGGAUUAAACCUGCUUUUGAAGACAAAUAUUGGUGGAUUACUGUACCGCAUUUUUUUAACUAUUUAAACAGGAUCUUAUAUCAUACGUUGGAGUAACAGGUCAUACCUUAUAGCAACAAGAGCCAAAGCAUGUGUUGUGUUUGAUCCAGGAACCUUUGAAGACUGAAAACCUUUGAAGGCUGGUGGUUAUGAGGCCCUCUGUUUUUAUUUACUGUACCCAAAGAUUUAAUUUCACAUUCUGACAUUGCUUGCUCAGUAACUACUCUUUACUUACAGUCUUUCCAACUCCCAAGAUCACCCUUGAAAGGAGUGGAGCUAUUAGGAGACAUGUUUGUUUUCUCUCCAAGUUUCUAGGAUGUUGUUUGUCAUCUAACACCCUAAACAAGCUAUGGAUUAUGAGACCGUGUUCUGUAAAUACAGUGACAGCAUGAGGAAUGGCCAUCAAGAGGAAAUAAACUUAGUGUCUCGUAGUAGUAAACAUUGCGCUCUCCAAAAUAAUGACUACUGCAAUGGAAUCUGAGUUGCUUAGAGAUUUGAGUGUUGCUCAAACUUCCAAAUAGUAGUCCAGCCCAUUCCAGAGAGGAACGACAUCUUUUAAACACUCAGAGAAUCUUGAAGGACAAGAACGAAGCUUUGGUAGAGCAGAAAACUACAGAAGGAACACAGUAGUCUAAAGCAGAACCAAUGGAACAGAGCUCUUCCAACCGCAGUGCCACACCAAUGGACAAACAAGAGGUUGUGGCUGAGUUUGUACCCUCACACCACAGCAGAGGGAGGAAGGACCAAAUCCGAGGCCGGCAACGACUCUUCCCUCUAGCGGUCUUCCUCCCUCUGUGCAUGCUGCUGUGCGUUUGGGGUCAGGUGGAAGGAGUGGUUCAUUCCAGCUUCCGCAGACUGAGCGGUCGGGAAAAGAAGGAGAUGCAGAAGGAGAUUUUAUCCAUUUUAGGGCUGCCGGGGCGACCAAGGCCACAUCCACCCCUGCGGCCUCCUUCCUCUGCCCCACUCUUUAUGCUGGAUCUGUACCAUGCCGUAUCAUCUGAGGGUGAAGAUGGACCAGACUUGGGCUUCAAUCCAGAAGGAGUCAGCCAUGCCGCACUGCCCACAUUAAGCACACACACUCCACCCCUUGGCACAGUGGUCAGUGAGGCAGAUACUGUCAUGAGCUUCGUCAACUUGGUGGAGCAGGAGAAGGAUUUGCUCCAGCCUCGGCCUUACUGGAAAGAGUUCCGCUUCGAUCUGACCCCACUGCCUCAAGGAGAGACGGUCACCGCCGCUGAAUUUCGUAUCUAUAAAACUCUUCCCAUGGGCUGGCGGGCAAACCGCACUCUCCAUAUCUCUGUGUAUGAAAUCCAGAAGGAGAAAAGACAGAGGGAGCCAGAGUUGGUACUGUUGGACAUGCAGUCAGUGCCUGCAGGUCAAGAGGGCUGGCUGGCAUUCGAUGUGACUUCUGCAAGCAAUCGCUGGCUUCUCCAUCCUCGAAGCAACCUGGGCAUCCGCCUUUAUGUGGAAACUGAGGAGGACCGGUCGCUGUCUGCCGGGUGGGUGGGUUUGGUGGGUCGGCGAGGUCCGCGCUCUAAGCAGCCCUUCAUGGUGACAUUUUUCAGGGCUAGUCAUGUCCCCUGCCGCCCACCUCGCGAUGUGAGACACAACAAUCCACGCAAGAAAAAACACAAGUACGACCUGCCACACCCAAACAGACCCGGCAUAUUUGAUCAAAAUCAUGCCAGCAGUGGACGCCAGGCCUGUAAGAAACAUGAACUCUAUGUUAGUUUCAGUGAUCUUGGCUGGAAGGACUGGGUUUUGGCUCCUCCAGGUUACUCUGCAUAUUAUUGUGAUGGGGAAUGUGACUAUCCUCUGGGCUCCUGUAUGAAUGCCACAAACCAUGCCAUGAUACAGCUACUGGUUCAUCUUCUAAGACCAGACGAAGUGCCCAAGGCCUGCUGUGCUCCAACCAAACUCAGUUCUGUUUCUGUGCUCUUCUAUGAUGACAACAACAACGUUAUUCUCAAGAAACAUCGAAAUAUGGUGGUGAAGAACUGUGGCUGCUUAUAACCUUUUCUCUUGUUCAUCCCAUUUCAAAUCACUGAAGCAAUAUUUGUAAUAUACAAUGUAUUUUUAAGAUAAAAUUGAGUGCUCUUGUCCCAAUUGAUUGACAUAAUUUAAGUGUCAUGAUGAUAAGCAUACUUUUAUUAUAUAUAAGACUUAUUUUAUUAUGAAAAAAGGGAAAUUAUUUGUAUUAUUUUGUACAUUUUUUCUCACAUUGUCUUAUAAAAUGUAUCAGUUCUCAAAGUUUUUUAAAGUAAUAUUAAAACAGGGAGGAGGCUUCGGGGAAGACCCAGGAUUAGGUGGAGAGAUUACAUCUCCACACUGGCCUGGGAACGCCUCGGGGUCAGAGCUGGUUAAUGUGGCUCGGGAUAGGGAAGUUUGGGGCCCCUUGCUGGAGCAGCUGCCCCCGCGACCCGACUUCGGAUAAGCGGUUGAAGAUGGAUGGAUGAAUGAAAACAGGAUCCCUUUCAAGGGACCCCCUGUGUAAGAAAAGUAGUAAACAUAUUAUAAAGACUUCUUGUUUGCCAAAUUAAAUAGUGCCUUAAUAUUGUCAUUGUACUAAAGCCAAAAUAAAUUAUUAAAAUAUUAUCUGUAAAAUAUUUACUUAAGUUGACAUUGUAUUGUUCUCAUGCUUGAGUAAUGCUAUGCUUAUGAUGUUAGAUGUUUAAACCCGAAGAGAAACAUUUUCAAUUCAAUUCAAUGUAAAAAAAUAAUUAUAUGAAUAUUUAUUUUUAUUGUGAAAAGCGCUAUAUAAAUACAUUUGUAAGAGUAUACAAUAAAACACUAAAUAUUGUUUUAAAGCAGCUUUAC